AGAUCGCCUGAGGCAUCUCGUCUGUCAUCACGAGAAGCUGUCUUCUCUUCUAUUUUUCUUCUACAAUUUCACCUUCUUCAUCGUCAUUGAUCAUCAUCUGAAAAUGGAUGCAAUUCUGGCGAAUAUCAGUUUAGAAGAGGCGGUCACAGAUCCGCUCAUUGUCUCCAUGCUCCAAGAGCACGAGCCGUCUCAGUUGGUAGCACACGGAGAGGAUGUACUUAAUUCAACAAUGGAAGAGAACAUUGGUAACUACUCGGACUACUAUCUCAUCAAGCGGGUUCCAUUUUAUGAAAACUACAGCCAAGAAACGAUGGCAACAACUGCAGUAUUUCUAUGUGGACAUCUUGGAGCACUUUCUGUGAUUCUCAAUUUAUUUGUCAUUAUUGCAUUAUUGAGACAUAGACGACGAGUUCUUUCAAAUGUUUUCUAUGUCAUUGUACUUCAUUGUGCAGUUCUAGAUGUUGCAAGAGGAGUAUGUCUCAUUUUGUACGGAUUGCCAUACUUUGCCAAUUCAUUCUACAAUAUCAAUUUAGAUAUUCAUACACGAAUACACUUAUUUCAACUAUCCAGAUUUGCACUUGUAAUUCUGCGUGUUUGCAAUCUUUUGACUAUUUUCAAUUUAUUGGUUUUCACCACAAAUGAGUACAUUGUCAUUCGAUAUCCACUUCAUUAUCGACGAUAUUUCCGUAGAAAAUUUGUGCUUAUUAUCCUAGCAAUUUGUUGGACAAUGAGCAUAAUGAUGGCUCUUGGUAUAUUGUAUUCAUCAUCAAAAUCUCAAACAGAAUGGCUUCCACCAGAAGAAAGAGGAAUUGAUUUUGCAACAAUUACAAUGGUUCUUAUAUCAUCACUUUGUUUUGUUACAUUGGGAACUGUUGUGAUAUGUUACAUUUCAAUUCUUCGAACAAUUCGAAAAUUCAAAGACGAAGGAUGUUUAAAUAAUGAUGAAUCUCAUCGAAUUCAUAAUCGAUCACUUCAUAGACCAAUCAAUGGACAAGGAUCAAAUUGUUCAAAUGGAAGCAGGGGUUCAAAAUGGAGAAGUGUCCAAGCAAUGUCACGUCACAAGUACAUAUAUGUUAUUGGAUCAGUUCUAAUUGUUGAUCUACUCUUCCUUUGCCCAUAUUCUGGAAUUCAAAUGGUUUCAUUUCUUCAUAUCAAUAAUUUCCUUCAAAUUACACACGGAAGUACAUUAAUCAGAUGGUGGCUUCAAGUUCUUAUUGGAGUUCAUUCUGUAUGUCAACCACUUUGUUAUUUCCGAAUGACAGAAUUCCGUCGUUUGGCAUGUUGUAAUCCAAGGCGUCCGUGGAAUAGGACAAAGAGCUUCUCACAAAUGAAUAAAAGUUUUGCCAAUACUCGGUCGAAUGUUAGAGAAGAUGAAAACGGAAACAAUACUGCUGAAAUCGAAGUGACUCCAAAUGAACCGUUGUUAAGAAAUGGAGAAAAUGGAGGAACGCCCUCUCGCCGUUCACCAACAAUUGCUUGGACGAGAGGAGAAUCGGUUCGCUUUCGAACUUAUGGAAAUGAGAUUGGCCAUCACAUUCCAACGAAGAAAAAUGAAUCGAAAGAGCCUCAAUGUGAAAUUGAAAUGAUUCCAAUCUCAACUGGAUCUGCAAGUCCAUCUGAUGAUUCAGCUGUGCAAAUUCCAAUUAUUGAUGAUUCUCCGCUUGUUUAAUUUUGCCUGUUUUGUAUUUAAUUUAUCUAAUUAUUCACAUUUUCUAAUGAUCUCAACUGUAUCAUGAUGCUUCGUUUGUCCCGGUCUCUUGACACCGAUCCCGCUUCCCACAAUCAAUGUGAUUGAAUUCUGUCUGACUUGAAAAAAAUAUAAUUAUCUCAUCUCAAUGUACACUUUCAUCAAUCAAUUUUGAAUUUUCGUUUUAUGCAUUAAAGGAAAAUAUGAAUUGACUGUAAGACAUU